AUGUCAUCUUUGAGGGUAAACCACUGUAAGAAGUCGCUCAAGUUCUUUCUCGACCUAGGUAAGGGUACACUGAUGUUAAGAAUCGCUUGCUCCAGCUCAAGGCAAUCAAGCAACUCUCGAGUACAGACAACUGAAACCCAAUGUCAUAGAUAUUUAUCAUACUCAAGUACCACCGGAGUUGAAGGGCAAGGGGAUCACUGCUCAGUUGUGCAAGGUAAAUGUUUUUCCUUUCCGAUGUAUAGUAAGUAAUAUUAGAUUAUUUUCAUAGUAUAACGAUUAAACAUGUCAUCAUUUGGACCCUAUAUUUACAUUUCUUUGUCAAACCUGCUUUACAGGAGGCCUUUUCUUUUGCCAAGGACAACAAACUCAAAGUUGUUACUAGCUGUCCAACUGCUCUAAAGUACGUUGAAUCAAAGGCUACAGAAGCCGAGCGGAAGAUCGUGGUCAGCCAGCUCAAAGACAAAAAGGAUUACCAAGAUUUAUGA